UGAAGCCCCCGUUCAGACCUCAAACGUGUUGUACAGCCAUUAAAGUUCUCCUGAUGAUGACUUGUUGUGUGUCUCUGAAAGCGGUACAGUGUUCCUUUAAGGCUGAAACUCAAACCAGGGGAGGAGUUCCUGACUCUGAACUUCGGCUCUUCUUUCUUCCUGUCUGGAGUGUGUUAGUACGUGUGUGAACAGCAGAAAUGUAGCACGAUGGCAGCCUUCAUAUACUCUCCUGUGGACUUUGUCUUCACCUGUGUGGGGCUGCCACUGUUCCUGUUGGACAUCGGCCUGGACGUGUGGGCUGCGGUGAACUUCUACCAGGAGGAGGCCUUCCUUAGUCUGGCUGUGCUGGUGCUGCUGCUCCUGGGCUCCUCAGUGCUGGUUCAGGUCUACAGCUGGCUCUGGUACAGCUAUGAAAACUUUGAGAUGGAGACGGAGGUGGAAAGAUGCAUGAGUGUGAACGGUGUGAAGCUUCUUCAUGUGCUGCAACUGGGAAUCUAUCUGAGGCACGCAGGAGUCCUGGAGGUUUCUGUGAAGAACUGCAAGUCCAGAGAUGGCAACCCUGAAGAUGUGGCGGUGUUCCUGAGCCACGAUCUGAGCAUGCUCCGAAUCAUUGAGACCUUCUCGGAGAGCGCUCCUCAGCUGGUGCUCAUGAUCACCAUCUACCUCCAGGAGGGACGGCUGGACCUGGUCACAGUGCUGAAGGCCUUGGGGUCGAUCUCGGCCGUGGCCUUCUGUGUGACCACCUACCACCGGUCCCUGCGCUCCUUCCUGCCCGACAAGACCAAGCAGCAGGUGGGCUCGUCGGUGGUCUACUUCCUGUGGAACCUGCUGCUGCUGCUGCCUCGCCUCGUUGCCAUGGCGCUCUUCGCCUCUGUGCUGCCUUGCUUCAUCUUCACACACUUCCUCUGCUCCUGGCUGCUCCUCUUCUUCUGCGCCUGGCGAUGCCAGACAGAGUUCAUGGACAGCCCCGGUGGGGAGUGGGUCUACAGAGCCACCGUCGCCCUCAUCUGGUACUUUGACUGGUUCAACGUGGUGGAGGGGAAGACCAGGACCAGGACUCUGCUGUACCACACCUACAUCCUGGUCGACAUCUCCAUCCUCUGUGCUGUUUGGUUCUGGAAGAUGAACACCGAUCCGCCUCACUUUGUGUUCCCGCCCCUGUACGCCACCAUCAUCGCCGUUGCCGUGGUUACGCUUUACAUCCUCGGCCUCUUAGUGAAGCUCAUGUAUUACAAGUUCUUCCAUCCGAGCAUCCCCAGAGACGAGCUGAGAGGGGAGAGUACAGAGACGCUGAGGCUCGGAGACCAGAUAGACGGUCCUGAAAGGCUGAUGAUGAGGUCACUGCCUGCCCAUGAUGUCACAGAGCACAGCCAACGAGAGCGCAGCAACAAGAGAAUGAGGAAGCUGGCUGAGAACUUCUACUCCUGACCCGGCGGUCGGACAUCCAGGUCCUGAUCAGGGACUCCCUCAUUCACCAGAGACUGAGCCGGACCUGGUGUCCUGCAGCUGCGGUUUUUCGGGUCAUAAGAAACAAAUAAAAUCUACAAGACGGAUUCCUUCUGACUCGGUUAAAAAUCUGAAGACGAUCCUGUUUGUCUCUAAUCGCUGCUUCAGAAAGUCAACAAAAAAACUCCCUCUGACCCAAAUCAUCAACUUUCCACCCUCUUUGUCCCAUGUAGACCGUCACCAUGGAGACAGCUGGUGAUACUGCAUCAUGAUCCAGAUCAGAGAUCUGUAGUCCUGCAGGUAUCAGAUGUUUCUCUGCUGCAACCAGAAUCAAAUAAAAUGGAUCUCCAGCAGCUUGUUGUCAAGUUCUGCACCAGUCUGUUAAUGACCCAGUCAUCUGAAUCUAGACACAUCCAACACCUGCAGGACACCGGCCCUCGAGGACCGGAGGUGGUGAUCCCUGGUCUAGAUCAUGGUAGACCUGAUGUAGAACAUGUAGAAGUACAUUACAUGCUGCAUUCACUGACACUUCUGAGAUUUACCAGGUAAAGGUCAGUCUCUCUGAAUAUUUGCUAGAAUUACAUUUAUUAGUUUUGAGUGGCAGCUGGGGGGCCAUCCAAAUUUUAGGCCCCGCCUUUGACAGAGCUAACCUGCUGCUGACCUGGAGGAUCUGGACUCUGUGCUGGUCUCCACACCGACCUGCAGGGGGAUGGGGCUCUGACCCGCUGCAGGAUGGAGCAGGUGAAGGCAGCGAGGCUCCAACUCAUCCAGGUCGGAUGGACGUGGAUCUGCGUCACUGAAAACACUUUAAACGGCUGGAGUUCCACUGAAGCUGCGUCUUAUUUAUCAGAUUAAUAUAUUUAGAUUUUAGAGGACAUCUAAGCUAGAAAGCAAAAGCCAGAAAAAGAAACACAGGCCUCUCAGGCGUCUCACAAUAAAAUCCACGUUGGUUUGACGGACAGGGCUGAGGAGGCUAAUUUGCAUAUUCAGGUGACCGAAUAUGAAACAAGGUCAACGGUGGAGCUGCAGCACUCGGCUCCACGGGUCCUCCUCUUCAUCAGAGGGAGACACCUGACUUUCUCUGUCAGAAGAUCAACAAUGAGGCUCAGGGAGAGUGGUCGAACACCAACUGGAAGGUCGACAGUUUGAUUUUCACAACUACACACCCAAGUGCCAGACACUGAACCCCACGCUGCCUCCCGAUGUGUUCAUCAGGGUAUAAAUAAGUAGAAAAUAUGUAAAGUCUGGAGGUUAAAAAGGUAAUAUUGUUUAUUUCUCCUCAAUAAUCCCAGCUGGCAGGAACCUAGAGUCGGCCCAGAGCAGCCCUGGAACUGGCCCAGAGCAGCCCUGGAACUGGCCCAGAGCGGCCCUGGAGCUCCAGGGCCAGACUAGUUUUUACUGUUUCGAUCUGUUAACUUAGACGUCACAUUCAGAGUUCCUGUGUUCACUAAAUCACUUCAGCCAACAUAAAGCAUUCCGUUAGUUCUUACAUUCACAGAGUGUCAUUGAACAUGUCAGAAGCCCAGCUAAAUAACCUGUCAAUCAAAUCUGCGAGCAUGGAUCUGUGAUUGGCUGAUUUACUGCCUCCUGGUGCUGAGUUGUUGCAGAUGAAGUCAUUCAUGUUUAUUGUUUUAAAUAAUUUCAGAACUAAAUAAAGUUGAAAAGAAGAAAGUCGGAAAUUUUAAAAUGUAUUUAC